CCAUUUUUGGAGAGGAAAGGAAAAGGAAUGAAGAACAUGAAAAUGCAUGAACCAGAUAGAGAUCUACAUGGUCUUCAGAGACUUGAAUCUGUUGGUGAUCAAGACCCUAAUUUCAUUCCUGUCAAAGAAAACGUUGAAGAAGAAGAAAGAGAUUUAUGGCUUGAUAGAGACCCUGAAGAUCUACUUGGGGUUGGGGUUGAUGAUGAUUCUUCCAUGUUCUAUACUGACUUCUCUACUCUCCCUGAUUUCCCAUCCAUUUCAUCUUCUUCUUCGUCGUCGUCUUCUCAUCCUCCACCGAUCAAUGAAGCUGCUACUGCUGCUGCAUGCCGAUCUUCGUCGUCAUCUUCGUCUUCGUCUUCGUCUUCAUUAUGGACUGUGAAAAGUGAGAAAAGCGAUUACCACAUGGAUGCAACAAUGGAGGAAGAAAAAGAACCAUUACUAUGGACAGAGGAUUCGAUGGAGAUACCACAGUCACUCGAACCUCAGAUCGAUGUGGACUGCAUCAAUGUCAUGCAGGAGCUCGGAGAUAUGGAUCUUCUUGAUACUAACUGUAUGUGGGAAUCCAAUUCUAUAUUAUUCCCUUCAGAGAAACCUGAAGAAGAAGAACAUCAAGAACAGAAGAAAGAGGAAGAGGGCCCACAAGAUGAACAGCCAUCGGAAGAUCUAGGGAUGGUGUUCUUAGAGUGGUUGAAAUCGAAUAAGGAAUCCAUUUCUGCGGAGGAUCUGAGAAGCAUUAAGCUUAAGAAAUCUACGAUCGAAUGUGCGGCUCAACGCCUUGGCGGUGGCAAGGAAGGGAUGACGCAGUUGUUAAAACUCAUUCUCCAGUGGGUGCAGAAUCAUCACCUGCACAAGCGUCGCAUGGGAUCCCACAACCCACAGAACCGUUUCCAGAACCCUAACCCUAACCCUAUCUCUUUAGAUUCUCACCUUUGCUUCUCCUCUUCGAACCCUUGGAUUCCACAUCAACCAUUCUAUGCUGAUCAGACGGCAAAUGUGGGGUUUCCUCCUAUGAUGGGUUACAUGGGAGGGGGAGGAGAUCCUGGUUUUGCCAAUGGUGCAGGGCUUUUCUGUCAACCAGAUUAUCCCAUGGUUGACACUGGACCAACUUGGCCUCCUCCUCCUGCACUUCCUCAUCCACAUUUCAGUUUAUAUAAUUCAUAUAGAGAUCAACAUCAGCCGCAAGUGUUUGGCUCUGGUAGGAACCAAUACACAUCAGGUCCUGCACAAAUGGUGCAAGGGAAUGGAGAGAGGCUUGUUCAGAUGGGUUCUUCCGCGACCAAAGAAGCGAGGAAGAAGAGAAUGGCUCGGCAGAGACGGUUCCUCUCGCAUCACCGCCAGCGUCAGCAGUAUUCCAGUAGUACUGCUGAGCAGCUUGAAAGGCUUGCUAGUGAUGCCAAUUGCACCACUUCAAGCCAUGACAACCCUGUGGGCAAUUGGGUUUUCUGGCCUUCUUCUGAGAUUGAUGCUGCUGCUGCCACCACCACAGCUGUGGUGCCGUCUGAUGUGGCGGUGGCGGAGACGGCGGCAACCCCAUCUUCAGAUCAGCCAAUUCUGCAACCACAUCAUCAGAGACAGUUCAAUUCGGAAAGGCGUCAGGGAUGGAAACAAGAGAAAAACUUGAAAUUUUUGUUGCAGAAAGUGUUGAAACAAAGCGAUGUGGGUAAUCUUGGGAGGAUAGUAUUGCCAAAAAAGGAAGCAGAAAUGCAUCUCCCGGAGCUGGAAGCAAGGGAUGGGAUCUCUAUCGUCAUGGAAGAUAUCGUAACCUCUCGCAUCUGGAACAUGCGUUAUAGAUUUUGGCCUAACAACAAAAGUCGAAUGUAUCUUCUCGAGAAUACAGGAGAUUUUGUGCGAUGCAAUGGCCUCCAAGAGGGAGACUUCAUAGUAAUCUACUCAGACGUAAAAUGUGGCAAAUAUAUGAUAAGAGGAGUGAAGGUACCGCAACAGGGAUCUACUAAAAUGGAGGUGAAAAGGGCAGGAAAGCAGCAAAGAAACCUGCAUUCAACCUUACUCUCGCCGGAUGGUGACUGUGGCCCUUCUUCGUUCUCUCCCGUCAAUGAAACAGUGAGCUAAGAAGAAGAAGCA